AUGGAGCUGCAGAGGGCCACCAGCAUGCCUGGACCUCUCUCUCCAGGACCUUUAUCUCCUGGACAUGUUUCUCCCAGGCAUAUCUCCCCCGGACCCCUGUCACCGGGACCAGGGCCGUCUUCCCCAGGUGCCGGCCCUGGGCCCAGCUACGGCGGGGCAGCCUUCAAUUACAACCAGCUGGAGGGUCGAUUUAAGCAACUGCAAGAUGAGCGCGAGGCGGUGCAGAAGAAAACCUUCACAAAGUGGGUGAACUCCCACCUGGCUCGCGUCUCCUGCCGCAUCACUGACCUCUACAUGGACCUGAGGGAUGGCCGCAUGCUCAUCAAGCUCCUGGAAGUGCUGUCUGGAGAGAGACUGCCGAAGCCCACGAAAGGCCGCAUGCGGAUCCACUGUCUGGAGAACGUGGACAAAGCCCUGCAGUUCCUCAAAGAGCAGCGCGUUCACCUGGAGAACAUGGGCUCCCACGACAUUGUAGACGGCAACCACCGCCUCACGCUCGGCCUCAUCUGGACCAUCAUCCUGCGCUUCCAGAUUCAGGACAUUAGCGUCGAGACGGAGGACAACAAGGAGAAGAAGUCUGCCAAGGAUGCCCUGCUGCUGUGGUGUCAGAUGAAGACUGCAGGCUACCCGAACGUCAACAUUCACAAUUUCACCACCAGCUGGAGAGACGGCAUGGCCUUCAACGCCCUCAUCCACAAACACAGACCUGACCUGAUAGACUUUGACAAGCUGAAGAAGUCCAAUGCCCACUACAAUCUGCAGAAUGCCUUCAACCUGGCUGAGCAGCACUUAGGCCUCACAAAGCUUCUAGAUCCAGAAGAUAUCAGCGUCGACCAUCCUGACGAGAAGUCAAUCAUCACCUAUGUCGUCACCUACUACCACUACUUCUCCAAGAUGAAGGCCCUGAAAGUGGAGGGCAAGCGCAUCGGGAAGGUUCUAGACAACGCCAUCGAAACUGAGAAGAUGAUCGAGAAGUACGAGUCUCUGGCCUCUGACCUCCUGGAGUGGAUUGAGCAGACGAUCAUCAUCCUCAACAAUCGCAAGUUUGCCAACUCUCUGGUGGGAGUGCAGCAGCAGCUUCAGGCCUUCAACACCUACCGAACGGUGGAGAAACCGCCCAAGUUUACAGAAAAAGGCAACUUGGAGGUCCUGCUGUUCACCAUCCAAAGCAAAAUGCGAGCCAACAAUCAGAAAGUCUACAUGCCUCGAGAGGGAAAGCUCAUAUCAGACAUCAACAAGGCGUGGGAGAGGCUCGAGAAAGCGGAGCACGAGAGAGAGCUGGCCCUGAGAACAGAGCUGAUCCGCCAGGAGAAACUGGAGCAGCUCGCUCGCCGAUUUGACCGCAAGGCAGCCAUGAGAGAGACGUGGCUGAGCGAGAACCAGCGACUCGUCUCGCAGGACAACUUCGGCUUUGACCUGCAAGCUGUAGAGGCGGCCACCAAAAAGCACGAGGCCAUCGAGACAGACAUCGCUGCGUACGAGGAGCGUGUCCAGGUGGUGGUGGCUGUGGCUGGAGAACUGGAAGCGGAGAACUAUCACGACAUCAAGCGCAUCACAGCCCGCAAAGACAACGUCCUGCGACUGUGGGACUACCUGCUGGAGCUGCUCAGGGCUCGCAGACAGAGGCUGGAGCUCAACCUGGGUCUGCAGAGGGUCUUCCAGGAGAUGCUCUACAUCAUGGACUGGAUGGAUGAGAUGAAGAUGCUGCUGCUGUCUCAGGAUUAUGGGAAGCACCUCCUGGGCGUGGAGGACCUGCUGCAGAAGCACGCCCUGGUCGAAGCCGACGUCGCCAUACAGGCCGACCGCGUCAAAGCGGUCAACGCCAGUGCUCAGAAGUUUGCUGACGACACUGAGGGAUACAAGCCUUGCGACCCGCAGGUGAUCCGUGACCGCGUGGCCCACAUGGAGUUCUGCUAUCAGGAGCUAACCCAGCUGGCGGCCGAGCGCCGGGCCCGGCUAGAGGAGUCACGCCGCCUCUGGAAGUUCUUCUGGGAGAUGGCAGAGGAGGAAGGCUGGAUCCGCGAGAAGGAGCAGAUCCUGUCAUCAGACGACUGCGGCAAGGACCUGACAGCGGUGGUGCGCCUCCUCAGCAAGCACAAAGCCCUGGAGGACGAGAGGAGCGGUCGUGCUGGACGCCUCCAGCAGACGGUGCACCAGGGUGAGGAGCUGGUGGCUGCUAGUCAUUUCGGUGCCGAGAAGAUCCGCCAGCGCAUAACUGAUGUCCAGGAGCAGUGGGCUGGCCUGGAGCGCCUGUCGGCGGCACGCAAGGCCCGUCUGCAGGAGGCCUGCGCCCUGCACCAGUUCCAAGCUGACGCUGAUGACAUGGACGCCUGGAUGCUGGAUGUGCUGCGCAUCGUCUCCAGCGCAGACGUGGGCCAUGACGAGUUCUCCACGCAGACCCUGGUCAAGAAGCACAAGGAUGUGGCCGAAGAGAUCGCCAGCUACAGGCCCGUGCUGGACGCGCUGCACGAGCAGGCGAAGACGCUGCCUGAGGAGCAGGCGCAGUCGACCGAGGUAAGCGGGCGCCUGGCUGGCAUUGAGGAGCGCUACAAGGAGGUUGCUGAGCUGACCAGGCUGAGGAAGCAGGCACUGCAGGAUGCACUGGCAUUGUAUAAGAUGCUGAGCGAGGCGGACGCCUGUGAGCUGUGGAUUGACGAGAAGGAGCAGUGGCUCAACGGCAUGGAGAUCCCAGAGAAGCUGGAGGACUUGGAAGUGAUUCAGCACAGGUUUGAGAGUCUGGAGCCGGAGAUGAACAGCCAGGCCUCUCAAGUGGCUGUGGUGAACCAGAUAGCCCGCCAGCUGAUCCACAGUGGUCACCCAAGUGAAAAAGAAAUCAAAUCUCAGCAGGACAAACUCAACAACAGGUGGAGCCAGUUCCGUGACCUGGUGGACCGGAAGAAGGACGCCCUGAACUCAGCCCUCGGCGUACAGAACUACUACCUCGAAUGCAAUGAGACCAAGUCCUGGAUCCGAGAGAAGACCAAAGUCAUCGAGUCCACACAGGAGCUGGGCAACGACCUGGCCGGUGUCAUGGCCCUCCAGCGCAAGUUGACAGGCAUGGAACGUGACCUGGUCGCCAUCGAGGACAAACUGGGUGACCUGGGUAAAGAGGCUGACCGGCUUGCCGAGGAGCAUCCGGACCAGGGACCCGGCAUCAAAGGCCGGCUGGGAGAGAUCAAGGACGUCUGGGAGGAGAUGAAGAGCACGCUGCGCACUCGUGAAGAGUCCCUGGGUGAGGCCAGCAAGCUCCAACAGUUCCUCAGGGAGCUGGACGACUUCCAGGCCUGGCUGUCGCGCACCCAGACGGCUGUGGCCUCCGAGGACAUGCCCAACACACUGGCUGAAGCUGAGAAGCUGCUGGCCCAGCACGAGGGCAUCAAGAAUGAGAUCCGCAACUACGAAGAGGACUACCAGAAGAUGAGGGACAUGGGCGAGAUGGUCACCCAGGGCCAGACGGACGCCCAGCACAUGUUCCUGAGACAGAGAUUGCAGGCGCUGGACACCGGCUGGAACGAGCUGCAGAAGAUGUGGGAGAACAGGCAGAAGCUGCUGUCGCAGUCGCAUGCCUACCAGCUGUUCCUCAGAGACACCAAGCAGGCUGAGGCCUUCCUCAACAAUCAGGAGUAUGUUUUGGCGCACACGGAGAUGCCAGAUACCCUGGAAGGAGCAGAAGCAGCCAUUAAGAAGCAGGAAGAUUUCAUGACCACCAUGGACGCCAACGAAGAGAAGAUCAACGCUGUGGUGGAGACGGGCCGCAGGCUGGUCAGCGACGGGAACAUCAGCGCCGAUCGCAUCCAGGAGAAAGUGGGCUCUAUCGAAGAGAGGCGCAAGAAGAACCGCGGGGCAGCCAGUGAGCUUCUCACGAAACUGAAGGAUAAUCGAGAUCUCCAGAGGCUCCUGCAGGACUGUCAGGAGCUGUCCCUGUGGAUCAGUGAGAAGAUGCUAACGGCGCAGGACAUGUCAUACGACGAAGCGCGCAACCUGCACAGCAAGUGGCUGAAGCACCAGGCCUUCAUGGCAGAACUGCAGUCCAACAAGGAGUGGCUGGACAAGAUCCAGAAGGAUGGCACGGCAUUGGUUGCUGAGAAGCCCGAGACCGAGGUGGUGGUGAAGGAGAAGCUGGAGGCGCUGAAGAAGAUGUGGGAUGAGCUGGAAUCCACCACGCAGACCAAGGCCCAGUGCCUGUUCGACGCCAACAAGGCUGAGCUCUUCACGCAGAGCUGCGCCGACCUGGACAAGUGGCUGUCCGGCCUAGAGAGCCAGAUCCAGUCGGAUGACUUCGGCAAAGACUUGACCAGUGUCAACAUUCUGCUGAAGAAGCAGCAGAUGCUGGAGAGUCAGGUGGAGGUGAGGCAGAAGGAGGUGGAGGAGCUGCGCUCGCAGGCCCAGGCGCUCAGCCAGGAGGGCAAGGGCUCGGACGAGGUGGACGGCCAGCGCCGUGGUGUGGAGAAGAAGUUCCAUGAGCUGCAGGAGCCGCUGAAGAAGCGCCGGAGCAACCUCAUGGCCUCCCGCGAGAUCCACCAGUUCAACCGCGAUGUGGAGGACGAAAUCCUUUGGGUUGAGGAGAGAAUGCCAAUGGCCACGUCUACAGACCACGGCAACAAUUUACAAACCGUCCAGCUGCUCAUCAAGAAGAACCAAACCCUCCAGAAGGAGAUCCAGGGUCACCAGCCAAGAUACGACGACAUUUUCGAGAGGAGCACUCACACCCUGAAGGACGACAGUCCAGUCAGCGCAGCAAUCAAGCAGCGCUUAGAUGAUCUUCAGCGGUUGUGGAGCUUGAUCCAGGAGGAAGUGGAGAAGCGCCAUAGCCGCCUGGAGGAAGCACACAAGGCCCAGCAGUACUACUUUGAUGCCGCGGAGGCCGAGGCCUGGAUGAGUGAGCAGGAGCUGUACAUGAUGUCUGAGGAGAAGGCCAAGGAUGAGCAGAGUUCGGUGGCGAUGCUGAAGAAGCACCAGAUUGUGGAGCAGGCAGUGGAGGAUUAUGCUGAGACUGUGCACCAGCUGUCCAAGACCAGCAGGGCUUUGGUGGCUGCCGGGCAUCCAGAAAGUGAGCGAAUCAGCAUGCGCCAAUCCCAGGUGGACAAACUGUACGCCGGCCUGAAGGACCUGUCUGAGGAAAGACGCGGGAAACUGGACGAAAGAUCCCGUCUGUUCCAGUUGAACCGUGAAGUGGACGAUUUAGAGCAGUGGAUCGCCGAGAGAGAGGUGGUGGCAGGGUCUCACGAGCUGGGCCAGGACUACGAACAUGUGACCAUGCUUCAGGAACGUUUCCGAGAAUUCGCUCGCGACACGGGCAACAUCGGCCAGGAGCGCGUCGACGGCGUCAACAAAAUGGCCGAUGACUUGAUCAAUUCAGGUCACGCGGACGCCGCGACCAUCGCCGAGUGGAAAGACGGGCUCAAUGAGGCGUGGGCGGACCUGCUGGAGCUGAUCGACACCCGUACCCAGAUCUUGGCCGCCUCCUAUGAGCUGCAUAAGUUCUACCACGAUGCCAAGGAGGUGCUAGGUCGCAUUCUAGAUAAACACAAGAAGCUUCCGGAGGAACUGGGCCGAGACCAGAACACGGUGGAGACGCUGCAGAGGAUGCACACCACCUUCGAGCACGACAUCCAGGCUCUGGGAACACAGGUGAAGCAGCUGCAGGAGGACGCCGUGCGCCUGCAGUCGGCCUACGCCGGGGACAAGGCGGACGACAUCCAGCGGCGUGAGGGGGAGGUGCUGGAGGCGUGGCGCGCCCUGCUGGAGGCCUGCGACGGCCGUCGCGCACGCCUGCUGGACACCAGCGACAAGUUCCGCUUCUUCAGCAUGGUGCGCGACCUCAUGCUCUGGAUGGAGGACGUCAUCCGGCUUAUUGAUGCACAGGAGAAACCCAGGGACGUGUCAUCUGUGGAGCUCCUAAUGAACAAUCACCAAGGCAUCAAGGCCGAGAUCGACGCUCGCAAUGACAGCUUCACCACCUGCAUCGAGCUGGGGAAAGGCCUGCUGGCACGCAAGCACUACGCUUCUGAAGAGAUCAAAGAGAAGUUGCUACAGCUGACGGACAAGAGGAAAGAGAUGAUUGAUAAGUGGGAGGACCGGUGGGAAUGGCUGCGACUGGUUCUAGAAGUGCACCAGUUCUCGCGAGACGCAGGGGUGGCCGAGGCCUGGUUGCUGGGCCAGGAGCCGUACCUGUCCAGCCGGGAAGUGGGUCAGAGUGUGGACGAGGUGGAGAAGCUCAUCAAGAGGCACGAGGCCUUCGAGAAGUCGGCCGCCACCUGGGAGGAGCGCUUUGCUGCUCUGGAGAGACUCACCACGAUGGAGUUGUUGGAAGUGAGAAGACAGCAAGAGGAAGAAGAGAGGAAGAGACAGCCCCCGCCUGUUGAAGCUCCACCCGCUGAUGCAGCUUCUCCGCAGCAGAGGGAGGGAGAGCAGGUCUCUCAGAACGGGCUGCCAACGGAGCAGGACUCUCCCCGGGACGCCAUGGGAGAAAGUGAUGUCGUCAAUGGAGUGGCGGAGACUAGCCCGAGCUCCUCCCCCACAGGAAGUCGUAAAGGAAAAGCAUGUCAAGCCGCAACUCUCCCGACAAAAGGCCAGGACACACCCAGCGCCCAGAUAGAGGGCUUCCUGAACCGCAAACAUGAAUGGGAGGGACACAACAAGAAGGCGUCCAACAGAUCCUGGCACAACGUCUACUGCGUGAUCAAUAAUCAGGAGUUGGGCUUCUACAAGGACAGUAAGAGUGCCAGUCAGGGGAUCCCGUACCACAGCGAAAUCCCCAUCAGCCUGAAGGACUCCACAUGUGAAGUGGCCCUCGACUACAAGAAGAAGAAACAUGUAUUCAAACUCAGACUUUCGGAUGGGAACGAGUAUCUCUUCCAAGCCAAAGAUGAUGAGGAGAUGAACUCAUGGAUCCAGGCCAUCUCCUGCGCCACGCCCUCCGAGCACAGCAGCCAUAGCACCCCCGCCUCAGGCCGCGCGCACACCCUGCCCGCCUCGGUGGGCGUGGCCUCCGAGUCCAGCCCGGGCAAGCGGGAGAAGGACAAAGAGAAGCGCUUCAGCCUCUUCAGCAAAAAGAAGUAGAGCCAUUCCCAGCGCCCCUCAGUCCUUUUCACUUCCUUUUCCUUUCCCAUUCUUCUCUUCCUCUUCCUGAAGCAGAACCUCCAGCAUGCAGAGCUCAGAGCCAAAACUCCACACUCGGUGCCUGGUCGCUCCUCUGGGUGGGCUCGGGAGCUAGAAGAGGAACCUUCUUACUCGUAGGGGUCGCGAGGUGCUUCGGGCAGUCGUUGUAAAUCGGUCUCCGGAGACGGAAUCAUCUCGAUAAGCUUUCUUUCCAUCUUUCUUCGUUUCUCGCUUCCUUUCAGCAUCCCUGCUUUAGUGCUCCUCGUCGUUUUCUCCUCUGUCUUGUUUUUGUAAGCGUGAGAAGUUUCUAGGAGCUGCCUUCAGUUUGCGCGAGGCUUCCUCGGCCUUCUGCGGACGGCGGAGGGCAGCGUUGGUGCUUUGGACUCUUACGAAGUUUCCUUUAAGUCGUUAAACAUCCUUUCCAGUUUAAGUAACUAAUAAAACCCCUCCAGCCAUUAUGUUUCCUCAAAGGGCAGUUCUCUCUACUAAAGAACUUAGUACGACGUCAUCGCAUCCGAAUGCAAGAGCCGCCGCGUAGUGGCGAAUAAUUAACAUAUGCUGGAAAGUUGAAUCAAAUGAUUGUGAAUGGUCAGAAUGUUGGCUAAUUAUGAAGGACUAAUUUUAUCAAGAAAAAAAAAACAAAAAGCAAAAAAAAAAUCUUCUUGUACUUGAGUUGCAUUAUGUUGUAUGUUUAAAGGUUAUUUAGAGAAAACUAUGAAUAUAGAUGUAUUAUAACUAAAAAGGCAUCGUUUGUUAAGUGAGGAAACUGGAAGUGCAGCGUUUUCUGGAAAAGCUGUAUUGACUGAAUAGCAGCCGCUUGCUUGUUGGCUAUAGCGCUGUGUGUUCUCAUUUUGCUACUUUCUCUGGCUACUUAAUACAAAUAGUGUGCAUUCUCUGUCAGCGUAACUACUGUAACGAUACGUUCUCGUCAUUAUCGCACAGUCAAAAAUGCCAUAACGCCGCCGGGAUCUGCUGGUCGUGACGUAAAACAUGGACCCGGACUUAAUCUGGAUGGAUCUGCAGCCUGUAGCCUUUUACCCUGUCUGUUAAAUAUGUGCAAAGUCAUUAAAUGCUUUUGAAGUUAAA